AUGUGGCGCCGGCGAGUGGCGAGCGUGGUCCAGCGGCGGUGGUCGUCGACGUGCGCCGUCACGCGUGCCGAUGGCCUCAUCGCGCUCAUCAAGCAAGCGCCAGGCCGCAACGACGACGACGAUGCACGGGACUAUCUCCGCGCCACCUCGGCCAUCGACCUGCGUGGCACGGACGCGUACGGCUCAACGGCGCUGACGCUGGCCGCCCGUGGAGGCCACCUCGAGCUCUGCCGCGACCUUCUCGACGCACUGAUACGCCACGCAGCACUGCACCGCGCGCGACGCGCGUCGGGCCACAUCGACGUCUGCCACCUCCUGCUUGGUGCUGGCGUCGACGUCGACGUCCGAACGCGGUACGGCUCGACGGCGCUGAGCAAGGCAGCAGAAGCAGGCCACGCUGCGAUCGUCGACGCGCUGCUCGCUGCCGGUGCCACGUCAUCGCCCAACGCGCUCGGGAAAACACCGUUCGAGCUCGCGCAGGCCAAAGGCCAUAAGCUGCCCCAGCUCGAGGAGGCACCAAUAAAUGACGAGCGAAGCAGCGCGCGCGUCACGAGCUGGCGAAGCGCGACCUUGAUCGAGUGCCAACUGGCGUCGACGGGCGAGUUUGUCCUCGUCGAGAAGACGGACGCACGCCAACGCACGCCCAUCAACGCGGCGCCCGAGCUGGUGUUUUCCGAUGGUCGCUGGUGCAUUGCGCACGUGCCUGCGUCGAACCGCCCCGUGAAGCAGCGCUGCUUGCACCCGCGACGACCGUUUGAAAACAAGUGUGUCGACUGCCCCGACAAGCGGUAACAUGCGUCUAUACCUUCCAGCGUGAAUAUGUGUGGAAUCGUUGC